AAGCCAGGCCAGAGGAAAGUGCUGUUCACCUGUAUGAAGAGGAAUGAUAAGAGGGAGGUGAAGGUGGCUCAGCUGGCUGGUUCAGUAGCAGAGAUGUCUGCCUACCAUCACGGAGAGCAAUCCCUGUUGAUGACGAUUGUGAACUUGGCCCAGAACUUUGUGGGCAGCAACAACGUCAACAUCCUGCAGCCGCUGGGUCAGUUUGGUACCCGCAUAAACGGGGGCAAGGAUGCUGCCAGCCCCCGUUACAUCUUCACCAUGCUCAGUCCCCUGGCCAAGAUGUUGUUCCCAGCGAUGGACUCCAGCCUGCUGAAGUUCCUGUUCGAUGACAACCAGAAGGUGGAGCCAGAGUGGUACAUCCCCAUCCUCCCUCUGGUGCUGGUGAACGGGGCCGAGGGCAUCGGGACGGGCUGGGCCUGCAAGAUCCCCAACUACGACCACAGAGAGAUAGUCAACAACCUGUACCGCAUGCUCAACAUGCAGGACCCUCUGCCCAUGCUGCCCAGCUAUAAGAACUUUAAAGGCGUGAUCCAUGAGUUGGGUCAGAACCAGUACAUGGUCAGUGGAGAGAUCUCUGUCCUGGACAAGAACACCAUUGAGAUCACUGAGCUGCCCGUUCGCACCUGGACACAGGCCUACAAAGAGUCGGUACUAGAGCCCAUGCUCCAGGGGACAGAGAAGACUCCAGCUCUGAUUAAUGACUAUAAGGAGUACCACACGGACCAAACCGUCAAGUUUGUGGUCCGCAUGUCAGAGGAGAAGCUGGCCCAGGCCGAGGCUGCUGGACUACACAAAGUCUUCAAGCUACAGUCCAGCCUCACCUGCAACUCCAUGGUGUUGUUUGACCACAUGGGCUGUCUGAAGAGGUAUGACUCGGUCCAGGACAUUCUCAAGGAGUUCUUUGAGCUGCGGUUGCACUACUACAAGCUGAGGAAGGAUUGGCUAGUGGGGAGCCUGGGGGCGGAGGCUUCCAAACUGUCCAAUCAGGCACGAUUUGUACUGGAGAAGAUCGAAGGAAAGAUCACAAUCGAGAACAAGUCUAAGAGGGAUCUGAUCAGGAUGAUGGUGCAGAACGGCUUUGAGUCGGACCCCGUGGCAGCAUGGACCAAAGCACAGGAAAAGGCUCUGGAGGAGGACGAUCGUGACGGUAAUGACAGUGACGGCUCUGUGGACUCUGUGUCGUUGUCGGGACCAAACUUCAACUACAUCCUCAACAUGCCUCUGUGGUGCCUGUCCAAGGAGAAGGUGGACGAGCUGCUCCGACAGAGAGACAGCAAGAACGGACAGUUGAAUGAGCUGCAGAGGAAGUCUCCUGAGGAUCUGUGGAAGGAAGACCUGGCUGUCUUCAUUGAAGAACUGGAUAAAAUCGAGGCCCAGGAGCAGGCAGACAUGAGUGCAGGUAAAGGUACCAAGCUGGUGAAGGGCAAGGUGGGCAAGCCCAAGGUGAAGAAACUCCACCUGGAGGAAACGUUGCCCUCGCCGUACGGCCGCAGGGUUGUACCCACCAUCACACAGGCCAUGAAGACUGACGCCUCCAAGAAGAUGACCAAGAAGAAGAAGGGUGAUGCGGACCUGUUGAUGAAGCUGGAGUUUGAUGAUGAGAUGGGAGUGCUGGGGUCAGACGGGGGAACAGGGGAGAACUCCCUCAACUCCUCCUCUAAUACACCAGCCCCAACCCCAGCCAAGCCCAAGGCCCCCCGGGUCAAGCAGGAGAAGAAGGAGCCAGGUACUCCCAGAGCCAGGAAACCCCCCACACCAAAAGGAUCGUCUGGUAAGAAGGUGAAGAAGCGUAACCCCUGGUCGGAGGACGAGUCCAAAUCAGAAAGCGACCUGGAGGACAGUGAACCUGUUGUCAUCCCCCGAGACACCAAGUCACAACGGGCCUCAGCGGCCAAGCCCAAGUACACAUUUGACUUCAGUGAGGAAGAGGAUGGAGGAGAGGAAGAGGAUGAUGAUGAUGCUGCAUCCUUGCCAGCCCGGCCCUGCAAAGACGACUUCACUGCCUCCUCCGAAACUAAAGACCGAUACAACGACCACAGCAAUGAUGAUGAAGAUAUCUUCCCACAGCCCAAACAGACCACCACCACCGUCUCACCAGCAAAGAAGAAGAAGGAACCAGAGAGUAUAUUCUCCUCCUCCAAAUCAGCCUGCUCCUCUGAAAAGAGCAAUGACAGUGACGAUCUGAAGUUGGACAGUGACGAGGAAGACAAGGCCUUCUCAUACUCCAGCAGCUCUGCCUUCGACAAACCUGUCCCAGCUAAGAAAGUGAAGAAGCCUUCGGAUGCAGCUCCCAAACCCAGGAAAGCACCAGUACCCAAAGAGCCACCAAAACAGAAGUUGGACACGUCCGUUUGGGACUCCGACUCAGAUACCGGCUCCAAGAAGCCUGCAACACCCCUCAAAGGUAAAGGCGGAGGGAGGAAGAGGAAGCAGUCUGAAUCUGAAGAGGAUGAUUUCAGUCCCAAGAAGACUCCUGGGAAAACAUCCAAAGCCCCUACCAGCAGAAAACCGUCAAAGAAAGCAGCCGUGACCCCACCCCCCAUGUCAGAUGAUGAUGAUGUACACUCCAACCGUUUCAGCCAAUCCGGCACGGCAUCCCAAGACCGACCGUGCAGAAGCAGUGCCAAGAAGGAAGUGAAGUACUUUGCUGAGUCAGCGUCAGGGUCAGACGACGAUCAGUACGACAUGUUCGACUAGACCAUGGAAUCCCUCCCACACAGGCUCUGUUCUGUUCCAAUGCUUCCUCCCUCCCUUGAAGUAAUCACAGAUCUUCAUUGGUUGGACUAGGGAAAGUAAUUGGUUGGUACCCCAUGCUGUCACCUAUCCAAUCAAUUAUGAUCUGUGAUCACCUUGAUGAAAUCAGGAAGGAUGGGUUUUUAAACAGCCAUUUGCACACACACCGCUUGAGUAAUUUUAACAUGCAUCCUUCCUUCACUUUCUAGAAGAAAUCAUCUGAGAGGUGGGAUAGGUGUAGGCAGUGGUUGUAUAAAUAUCCAGUCAUGUUUAAAUAUCAUGUGAUUAUUUCAACGUAGGAAGGAAGAAUUUAGUUUUGAAGUAUUCAACCAGGACCAGACACACACUGGUUGAAAUACCCCUGUGCUGUGUCCACAAGACUUUUGUACACCCCCCCCCCCUUAAUUUUAAUGGUGAUGUUUAAUGCUUUCUACUGUGUAGGUGUUUUACACUUUUUAUUAUACAUACAAAACAAUUUUGUUUUUUAAAUUAUUAUUAUUACCAUGGAAAUGUUCUGUAUUUGUCCUAAGCAGCUUUUAGAAGUUAGGAACGCGGUGCUUCAGCACAUUUUAACUGUUUAAAAAGUAAAAAAGAGACUAUGUACCUUUUUGAACAUGAACUUGGAAGUAAACAAUGAAAUGUAAAUUA